GUCAAGGUCACCCAAAAAAUAUAACUUAUUGGCAUCUUUACUUGUAUGCGUGUCAUGUUCUGUGAUGCCAAAUUCAUAAAAAAAAACAUCAAUGCUAAUCAAGUGGCAUUGCAUUGUCUGUACCAGCGAACAGGUCGCAGUAUUAGUUUCAAAAAUCACGGUGAAGGUUACGCAUGAAACUGUCUUCAGUAUCCAUCCAACAAAAUUAACAUGUUCAGCGUUAAGCCAUUAGAUUCGGCACUGGCCAAAGCGGUCGAGGCACCAAUGCAUGGAACCACAGUAGAGGUGCAUCUGAUCGAUGGCAGCUAUCUUCCUACCGGAGAAAACCCCCGCAAACCAACACAUUGUGUUCUGACACCGCAAUAUGUAACCCAGGCCGAGCGGAUUCACAACUUUACCGUGUACGAUGAUGACGUUUGGAUACUGAGCUUCCCCAAGUGUGGUACCACCUGGACGCAGGAAAUGGUUUGGUUAAUAAGCCACGAUCUAGAUUAUAAAACAGCAUCCGAAGUGAAUUUGCUGGAUCGUUCAAUAUUUCUUGAAUUCUCGGCAUUCGUGCUCAACUAUCCGGGCGAUACGAUCGAACAGGUGGAGCAGGCAAGCCGACCAAGACACAUUCAGUGUCAUCUACCAAUUGCCUUACUGCCAAAGCAAAUCUGGUCCGUUCGGCCAAAGCUUAUCUACUGUGCCCGUAAUCCCAAGGACGCUACCGUCAGCUUUUUCCAUCAUUAUCGUCACAUUCACGGAUAUCAGGGAAAUAUGCAAGAUUUUCUGGAAGCUAUUCUAAGCGAUCAGAUACUGUUCGGGCCGCAAAUACCUCACACACUUGACUUUUGGAACAUUCGCCGCGAGAUGAACAUACUGUUUAUCCAUUUCGAAGAAAUGAAAAUGAAUAUGAAAGGUGUACUGCAAAGAGUUUGCGAAUACUUUAACAAAUCUUACACCGAACAGCAACUGGCAGAGUUGGAAACUCAUCUUUCCUUUGACGUUAUGAAAAACAACAAAUCAGCAAACAAUUCUUGCGUUUUGGAAUUGGUGGAAUCUUUGUCCGGGAAAAAGGUGGAAAACUUUCAGUUUAUGCGAAAAGGAAAAAUCGGCUCUCAUAACGAAGAACUAUCUGAUGAGUACAUAAAACGAUUUAACGAUCGCAUCGAAAGCCAUCUUCAAGAAAGUGAUUUUUGCUUUAACUAACAUUGAUAUUGUUAAACAUUAUU